AUGACCCAAUUCGAUCUGACUGUGGCCACCCGUGGCAACCAUGCCGCAAUUCUACCCGUGGUGCUGAUUGCGACCUCUCUGAACGAGGCUCGUCCUGCCCCGGCCAUCCAAAUCAAGUAUGAGGAUACCGCAGUUCUCAGCGAGGGCGACAAGGCCAUUGUCCAGCUCACUACCGGCGGAAAGUCUAUGUUCGGAACCUUGAAUGCAGUGAACGAGCUUUGCACUGCCUUCCCCUUCCUUGCGGGCAAAGACACCAAGCUCGAGGCCGAAUGGAUCUCUCAGCUCGAUUCCUUCUCUACCCUGGACUUCAAGGCCCUUGACCCCGUCCUCCAGCGCCUUGACACCCACCUUCUCCUCCGCUCAUUCGUCGUCGGAUACUCUCUUUCCACCCCGGAUAUCGCUCUUUGGGGUGCGCUCCGCGGUAACCGUGUUGCCGUCGCUGCUCUGAAGAAGGGUACGCUUGUCAACCUUACCCGCUGGUACCGAUUCCUGGAGGAGCUCUGCCCCUGGACUCUUACCGCUAUUGACUCCCUGACCGCUGCCGCGAAGGAGAAGAAGUCCGCGAAGUCUAAGGAGGGUGCCAGCUACGACAUCGCUCUGAAGAACACCGACGGCGGUGUUGUCACUCGCUUCCCUCCUGAGCCCUCUGGAUAUCUGCACAUUGGACACGCCAAGGCUGCUCUCCUCAACGAUUACUUCGCUCACGAGAAGUACAACGGCACGCUUCUGCUGCGUUUCGAUGACACCAACCCUUCCAACGAGAAGGAGGAGUUCCAAGAUGCCAUCAUGGAGGAUCUUGCUCUGAUGGGUAUCAAACCCAACAAAACUUCCUACACCAGUGACUACUUUGAUGAGCUUUAUGCCUAUGGUAUCGAGAUCAUCAAGCUGGGCAAGGCCUAUGCCGAUGAUACCGACAAGGAGACCAUGCAGAAACAGCGUUGGGAUGGUAUUCCUAGCGCGCGUCGUGAGCUUACUCCCGAGGAGAGUUUGGCCCGCUUCGAGGAGAUGAAGAAGGGUACUCCCGAGGGUCUCCGCUGGUGCAUUCGUGCCAAGAUCUCUGCCGAUGACAAGAACAAGGCCCUUCGUGACCCCGUCAUCUACCGCUGCAACCCAGCUCCCCACCACCGCACCGGUACCAAGUGGAAGAUCUACCCCACCUACGACUUUGCCUGCCCUGUCGUCGAUUCGAUGGAGGGAGUCACUCACGCCCUGCGUACCAUCGAGUACCGUGACCGCAACCCCCAGUACCAGUGGAUGCUCGAUACCCUUAGCCUGCGCGGCGUCCAGGUCUGGGACUUUGCUCGCAUGAACUUCAUCCGCACCCUCCUCUCUAAGCGUAAGUUGACCAAGCUGGUUGAGAGCGGAGUUGUCUGGGGUUGGGACGACCCUCGCUUCCCCACUAUUCGCGGUAUCAGACGUCGCGGUAUGACCAUUCCUGCCCUCCGGGAGUUCAUCCUGAAGCAGGGUCCCUCCAAGGCCGUCACUCUCUUCGACUGGGCUCUUAUCUGGGCUACCAACAAGAAGUACAUUGACCCCGUUGCCCCCCGUCACACUGCUAUUUCGAGCAAGGACGUCGUCAAGGCCACCCUGACCAACGGACCUGCUGCUCCUUACACCGAGGAGAAGGCCAAGCACGCCAAGAACGCCGCCGUCGGAAUGAAGACCGUCGCUUUCAGCGCCAACGUCCUUCUUGAGCAGGAGGACGUCAAGCUCUUCAAGCAGGACGAGGAGAUCACCCUCAUGAACUGGGGCAACGCUUUCGUCCGUAAGAUUACCGCUGGCGCCGAUGGCGUUGUCACCGGCCUCGACCUCGAGUUGAACCCCGGCGGUGAUGUCAAGAAGACCGAGAAGAAGGUUACUUGGCUCGCCACCGAGGGCCAGGAGCUGAUCCCCGUUGAGCUGGUCGAUUUCGACUACCUGCUGAACAAGGACUCUCUGACCGAGGAGGACAAGCUUGAGGAUGUUCUCAACUACAACACUGAAUUCCGGGACAGCGCUGUCGCUGAUGGCAAUGUGUCCCAGCUCAAGGUUGGUGAUAUUAUCCAGUUUGACCGCAAGGGCUACUACCGCGUUGAUCGGGCUGCUGCCCCUGGUGUUCCGGCUGUGUUCUUCAACAUCCCCACUGGUAAGCAAAAAUAA